UUAUUCGGAAAAUGUAAAUUAUGAAUAAGAAUUAAAUUAUUUCCAGAAAACGAAAAGGCUCUUUAUUUUCGACCUGGCGGUAAGAGGGCGGAUUUUUGAAGUUUUAGGUUAAAUAAAUAUAAACCCUUGUGCUUUUUCUAGAUUGAGCAAAUUUCACUCAAAUUGCAGUACAUCCUCAUAUCUUCUGUGUAAUCCCAAUCUCGUAUUCGCGGCGCACUCUGCUCUCCUCAAUAUAUAUCAUAUAACUAGUGCUCCAAGGAAGCUUUAGAAAAUGCUAUUCUUUUCAUAUUUCAAGGAAAUCGUGGGGCGUGAAGUGGUUGUGGAACUAAAGAACGAUCUUGCUAUAAGAGGGACCCUUCGUUCAGUUGAUCAAUACCUAAAUAUUAAGCUGGAGAACACUCGGGUUGUUGAUCAAGACAGAUAUCCUCACAUGUUAUCUGUGAGGAACUGCUUCAUAAGAGGAUCAGUUGUGAGAUAUGUCCAAUUACCACCAGAUGGAGUUGAUGUUGAGUUGCUGCAUGAUGCUACAAGAAGAGAAGCUCGAGGCGGUUAAACAUGGCGCGUAAAAUGUGUUACAAGCAUUGUCUUGAAUGUAGUGUGCACCAACUUACCUGUAAGAGCUUUAUUUUUGGGCUGGUGGGUUAAUAGCAAGUGCCUUGAUUUGUUUUGGUGGCUUACCAAUUGUAAUGAUACAACAAUGCGACAUUUUACAUUUGUGAUGAACAUCAAGAAACACUGGGAUUUGCUGGCAUA